CCCUGCCCAGAGCCCUGCAGCACAGCACUCACUGUGCCAGUCAGGCCCUGGGGCCCCGUCUCUGCAUCUCAGGGCACAAUGGCGACUCAGUACUUCACCUACAAGGGUGUCCUCUUCCCCAGCCAGGAUUACUCUCCCGAGACCCUAGACUACAUAGAGAACCAGUUCCAGGUGCGGGACGAUGAUGUCUUCAACAUCACCUACCCCAAAUCAGGCACCAACUGGAUGGUAGAGAUCCUGAGCCUGAUCCGCUGCGACGGGGACCCCAGCUGGGUGCGCAGUGUGCUGAACUGGGAUCGGGCCCCCUGGAUCGAGAGCAAACAGAGGCUGGAGGUGGCCCUUAAGUACCCAUCGCCACGGCUGCUCACCUCCCACCUGCCCCUCCAGCUCUUCCCCAGGUCCUUCCAGGGCUCACGGGCCAAGGUCAUCUACACCCUGCGCAGCCCCAAGGAUGUGCUGACCUCGCUCUACCACUUCUCCAAGGCCCUGCGCCUCUACAAGGACCCCGGGCCUGUGGACGCCCUCCUGCAGCACUUCCUCAGUGGCAGCCUCUCCUUUGGCUCCUGGUUUGACCACGUGGCUGGCUGGCUGGGCCUGCAGGGCCAAGAGAACUUCUUCUACAUCACCUACGAGGAGCUGCAGCAGGACCUCCGGGGCAGUGUGGGGAGGAUCUGCCACUUCCUGGGGAAGGAGCUAAGCGAGCAGCAAAUAUCCUCGGUGGUGGAGAACGCCUCCUUCCAGACCAUGCGGGAGAACCAGAUGUCCAAUGGCUCACAGCUCUCUGACACAAUCAUGGAUCACCAGAAGGGGCAGUUUCUUCGGAAAGGAGUCUGCGGGGACUGGAAGAACCUGCUGUCGGAGGAGCAGAGCCGUCGUGUCGAUGCCAUGUACCGGGAGCGGAUGCAGGGGCUGGGCAUCACCUUCCCCUGGGACUGACACCCACCCCCCCACCACCACCACCCCAGACUCCUCUAUUCAGCCCCACCCCAGAUCUGAGCCUCCACCGCCCUCCCCUGGGGAAACCACCAGCUGCUGGAGUCUGUGAGAGUGCGCAGGGGCCUGGCAGCUCCCCCACAGCCUGCCCCAGAGAGGCAGCUGGUCUGGGUUUGCCUCCCGCCAUCCCCAUCCAGAGCUCUGGGUCCCUCCCCAGCCCCAUUCAGGUCAUCCAUCAGGAACCAGCAGUUAGCUGCUGGCAAAGGCAGAUGGAUCCUGUUUGAACGCAUGUGACAUGCACGGCACAGGGCUGUGGGGUGGGACACGGCACUGAGGCAUCGUCGUCUCUGUUCCUGCCGGCGUGGGCAUGACUGCCAGGCUGGAUCCGGGGGGCAGUAGUGCAGUUGCACCCCCUUAGACUCCUGCUUCCCCCAAACUUUCUAACUGCUGGAAGGGGCAGAGGCGUUUCUGUUCGGGCACCGCCGAGGGAAUGAAUUGAUUUUGUGGCUCAUCUCCCUGAUUCCUGCUAAUCUUUCUCUACUCCACACAUCUGAAUGACCCACUCUCCUUUUCAGUGCUCUUCAUGUUCCUCUAAUCAAAUUAUCAAUUCUCCUGCAAUUCUGCUGCCUGUUCCCCAGUCCUGGGCAUGUCCCUCUUCUACUAUAUUAGUUUUAGCUCUAGUUAAAAACCUGAACUCUGGUGUGGUCCUGUUAACUCAGGCAUAGAAAUGACUGACAGUGAAGGGUUGGAGGCUCUAUCGAGACACUUGAAAGCCUGGAUUUUGUUUUAUGAAUCUACGUAAGAGGUGUAUCUAUUAUUAGAGUGACUACGGGACAAAUGACACCACAUCAUUUUCCACUUUUUGCCCAUUUCUUAUGGGGUUUUUUAAAUUGAAUAUAUAAUCUAGCAAAUUAAUGCACGGACUAAUGAGUGUAUUGUUUUUGGUUUGGUUGUCUAACCCCCAAAGCAUAUUAGGAAAGCUUCUAGUCUAUCUUUAACUGGAGGAAAAUCUGUGCUGUUUUCUUUGUGAGGAUGCACCACACCUCCUGCACCCCACCUGCACUCCUAGAUCUGCCUAUUUGUAACUGUCCUGUGCAAGUGUCCCCAGAGCACCUCCUGCCCCGAGCAGACCCCCAUGGCCCCCCAUGGGAAUUAACUGGGUGGCAUCGGAAGGGCCAGAGAAGCCUGAACCUCACUUCUGGCAGUGGUACCUCCUCUCACGGGAGCCUCCUGCCACCUCACUAUCCUAUGUAGAGGUGCCUGGACCCUCUACCUCCUCCAGCCAGCCACAUAGCAAGGACCCAGGGCUCACAGGUCUCAACAGCUCAGG